UGUCUUGUACUUUGUUUUCGUUGCCUCCUAGCAGCGCUACCCAUUCUGUGCUUCUUAUCAGUGGCAGAUUGUUUCCCCGUCUGCUCAACUUCAAUAUGCUUCUUCACCCAUUACUUCUUGGAUUUAUUUUCACCCUACACAUCCAUGCAUCCUCUGCUGCCAUCGACUCAAUUGCACCUGGCCAAAGACUUGUUUGCGGUGUCAGUGACAAGCUUGUCUCCCUGAAUGGCAAGUUCGCGGCAGGCUUCUUCCAAACUGGCAGUAAGUCCCACGACACCUUGAACUGGUACCUAGGCAUUUGGUUCAAUAAAGUCCCCAAGAUAACUCCCGUGUGGCUUGCAAACCGUGAUGAUCCAAUCACUCAACCCGCUUUGGUUAGGUUCAUAAUUUCUGAAGAUGGCAAUCUUGUCAUCUUAGAUCAAGCCACCAAUUCCGUGAUCUGGUCCAGCGGAGUUAGUAUUAGAACUAACACCACCAUUGCCAUGCUCAUGAACAAUGGAAAUCUUGUCCUACAAAAUGCCUCAAACUCAUCCGACAUUCUAUGGCAAAGUUUUGAUCACCCAACAAAUACUUUCCUCCCUGAUGCUAAGAUCGGCCGAGACAAGGUCACUGGUUUGACUCGCCGUCUUGUUUCCAGUAAGAAUUCAAUUGACCCAGCUCGUGGUCGUUACUGUAACGAGUUAGUUCCUAUCAGGUUGAUCCUUACGCUUUUGAACUCAUCCAUAGUAUACUGGUCUAGCGGGGAAUGGAAUGGACAGUAUUUUAGCACCAUUCCAGAGAUGUUAAGCCACAAUUUGAUAGACUUCAAGUUUGUCAACAACACAAAUGAAGAGUACUUCACAUUCAGCUUACUGAACGACACGAUGAUCAUGCAUCAUCUACUUGAUGUUUCUGGUCAACUGAAGACUUUAAUCUGGGAUGAGGUCUCACAGGAUUGGUUAGGUUCCUACUCCAACCCCAGAGCUCAGUGUGAUGUCUAUGCUCUGUGUGGACCAUUCACUGUGUGCGAUGACAACUCAGCUCCAUAUUGUAGCUGUAUGAAGGGCUUCUCCAUAAGAUCCCCGGAGGACUGGGAGCUAAAUGAUAGAAGCGGUGGAUGUGUGAGAAAUACUCCUUUAAAUUGUGGCAGUAAUAGGAGUACCGCAGGAAUGACCGAUAAAUUCUACUCCUUGUCCAAUGUGAAAUUGCCUCGGAAUUCCGGCAACGUAGGCGCUGCUACCAGUGAUAGAGAAUGUGCAGAAGUUUGCCUAAGAAAUUGCUCUUGCACUGCAUAUUCUUUCACCUACAGUACAUGCUCUAUUUGGCAUGAGGAACUCGUCAAUGUAAAACAGCAGCAUGCUGACACUACUGAUACAAACGAUAGUGCAGUUUAUCUUCGCCUUGCUGCAAAAGAGAUGCAAAAUCAGAAACCUGGCAGAAGAGUGACAAUUCGGAUUUUGGCAGUUACCAUUGUCAGUGCCCUGGGGUUGCUGGCACUUAUAUUGCUAGUUGUUCUACUGAUGAUUCGGAGGAACAAUAGAGGCUGGUCUGGUGGUACACUGAAAAAUCCUCAAGAUGGUGGUGGAAUUAUUGCAUUUAGAUACACUGAUUUGCAGAGGGCAACAAGAAAUUUCUCCGAGAAGCUAGGUGCCGGCGGCUUUGGUUCUGUGUUCAAGGCAUAUCUGACUGACUCAGCUACAAUGGCAGUGAAAAGGCUUGAUGGUGCUUGUCAAGGAGAAAAACAAUUUAGGGCCGAGGUGACUUCAGUCGGGGUUAUACAACAUAUCAAUUUAGUUAGACUGAUCGGUUUCUGCUGCGAGGGUGAACAAAGGUUACUUGCAUAUGAGCACAUGCCAAAUCGUUCUCUUGACAUCCAUCUAUUUCAGAACAACAACACAGUUUUAAACUGGUGUACCAAGUAUAAAAUAGCUCUGGGAGUUGCUAGGGGGCUGACUUACCUGCAUGAGAGCUGCCAAGACUUGAUCAUACACUGUGAUAUCAAGCCACAAAAUAUACUCCUCGAUAAGUCGUUUGUUGCUAAAAUUGCUGACUUUGGUAUGGCCAAGUUAAUAGGCAGGGAUUUUAGCCGGGUUCUGACUACAGCAAGAGGAACCGUAGGAUACCUUGCUCCCGAAUGGAUAAGCGGGGUUGCUAUCACACCAAAAGUCGAUGUUUACUGUUAGACUAUGUAUAGCUUCUGUACCUAUGUACGUAUUGUAACAGAACCAUUAUAUAUAAUGAGA